AUGCAAAAGAUAUUUACGGAUCUGGUUCCAUUUUGGUUUCUAAUCAUACAAGUUAUGGUAACUGUAUCUUUAUGUCUGCAAAUAGUAGCAGUUGUCACUUUAAUCGCGUACAUGUGUAAAAGAAUCAGACACGUGGAACGUCAGUCGUUCUUUAUUUCGCUCAUUACAUUCUGUCAUUCUUGCUCAACGAUUUUAUUAUUUAUAUCCGUGGUUAUCUUCGGGGUAAAUUAUCAAACGGAGACUUGGAUGCCUUAUCCCACACUCAAUUGGCCAUCGUGGUCAUAUGGAUUUGCAAUUCUUGCUGGAUUCUCUUCAUUCCUUUCAGCUAUUUCAUUUGGUUUAUUCAACAAAGAAUUACGUCGAGAUAUUCAAUCAUUAGUAUUAGAAUUCCCAAUGAGCACAAAAGUCAAAACACGACGUCGAUGGAAAUUAAUUAAACGUCAUUGGCCGGAAGAAGCUGUACCAGUUAAACCAGCCGAUGAAGAAAACUCAACAUUCCCACAAGGACAAAAAUAUCACUCACGCUCUGAUUUAGAUGAACAAGCAAGAUCCACAGAUAAAUUCAGUGAAGAAUAUAGUUUCAGUGGAAGUAGUGGAGAUAAUUUAGUUCAUGAUAAUCGAAAAUUUAGAGCCUAUCGUGACAGUAAUCGAGAAGGUUCUGAAAUUUAG